AUGCGUGCUGCUGCCAUCCUCGCCUUCACCUCCGUCGCCCUUGUCAGCGCCAGCCCCUUAAUGGGAGUCUCUGGGAUGCCUGCCUCAGCUGACAACGCCGUCAGCUCCGGCUCUGCUGCCCCCGUCACCGGCUCUGGAGGUCACGGCGCUGCUGGCGCGGGCUAUGUCAACGCCGCUUCUCACAAUAGCCACAACUCCAGAGACUGUGGCGCUCCCCCUCCCUCUAACAACGAUGGCGGGAACGGUAAUGGCAACAACAACGGCGGGAACAACGGAAAUGGUAACAACGACGGCGGGAACAACGGAAACAACGGGGACGACGGGAACAGUGUAGACCCCAGCAACUUGCUUGCCUCCUUCUUUCCUUCCGACUCUGGCUCUGGCUCUGGGUCCUCCGGCAGCGGGAACAACGGCAAUGGCGACGACUUGGCCGAUGUUGGGUCGCACAACGGCGAGAACUCGGGUGGCAACGCUGAUGCCGCUGCAGGCUCGUUCAACCCCUCAACUGACCCCACGUGA